AAAAUCAAUCUGUCUUAUUUUUUGACAUUGACAGCUGUUAGUGCGCCAAAAAUCGUGCAAAAAACAGGCAAAAAUACUGGCAGAUUUUUGUUAAUAUCGCGAUAUUUAAUGAAUAUCGUAAAUUAAAACGAUGUCUAAACGAAACAGUGCUGGAGCAUCUAAUACGCUUUUCAAUUAUUUUACCAAAACACCGCCGGCGAACAAGAAAGUCAAGGCGAAUGAUGAUGCCGGCGGCAGUCCUAAGUUAGAUUCCUCGGUAAACAAAGAAAAAGAUAAGAAAACGGAAAAGAAAAAGCGCGAAAGGCAGCCAACCCCUUCGCCAGAGGUGAACAAUCAUGACAGCGAUGAGGAGGUGCCGAUUGCCUCAAAGAGGAGGAAGAGGAUCAGGCUCAACCCCAUGGAUUCUGAUGACUCAGAUGUUGAGAAUAAAGCAGACAACAAAGUUGAAGAGAAGGAGAAAGUUUCUUUGGAGAAGAAGCUACAGGAUAGCUUCAAAUAUGAGCCCAACCAAUCCCCAAAGGCUAGUAAGGCCAAGGCCAAGACACCCAGCAGUAAAGGACCAGCAGCAACCCCAAGCAAAUCAGAGGCACAAGAGGAAUCCACAUCGGAUGAAGGCAACUGGACCCACUGCAAGCUGGAAUGGCUGAAGCCGGAGAAGAUCAGGGAUGCAAAGAAGCGGAGACCGAACCAUCCCGAUUACGACCCCAGCACAUUGUUUGUGCCGCCCGAUUUUAUGAAUGAACAGACUCCUGCCCACCGCCAGUGGUGGGAAAUGAAGUCUUCCCACUUUGACUGUGUGCUGUUCUUCAAAGUGGGCAAGUUUUACGAGUUGUACCACAUGGAUGCAGCUGUGGGAGUUAAUGAACUGGGAUUCUCUUAUAUGAAGGGAGCAUUUGCCCAUUCCGGGUUCCCAGAAAGCGCGUAUUCCCGCAUGGCCUCCACACUAGUGUCAAAAGGAUUCAAGGUCGCGAGGGUGGAGCAGACCGAAACGCCGGAUAUGAUGCAAGACAGGUGUAAGAAGAUGGGUCACAGCACAAAAUGGGACAAGGUGGUGCGUCGCGAGAUAUGCCAGGUGGCAGUGAGGGGAGCUCAAGUCUGCGGCUUGCAGGACGCCGGCCCGGCCGACGCGGGCGCUUCGUAUAUGAUGGCCAUCGCUGAGGAGGAAGGUGCGAGCUGCAGCCAGUUCGGCGUGUGUUUUCUGGACACUUCCAUCGGCAUCUUCCACCUGGGCCAGUUCCAAGACGACAAGCACUCCUCGCGACUGCUCACCACACUGGCUCACUACCCGCCUGUUCUGGUAAUCUACGACCGUAAAAGCACAACGCCUCGCGUGAGCAAACUGCUCAGCACACACUGUCAUAGCGCGAGACGCGAGCCUCAAUCCCUAUGGCCGCCUGAAAAGACUCUCAAGAUACUCGCUGAGAAAUAUUACAAGACCAACGCCGAUGGCGACUGGCCGGAGGGAAUCAAACCUUAUUUGCAUGAAGGCGACGCCCUAGGCCUCACUCCGGCUGCCCACUGCUCACUAGCAAUCAAAGCAUUAGGCGGCUGCGUCUCAUACCUAACAGACUGUUUACUAGAUAUACAAAUACUAGGCAUGUCUCAGUUCGAAACCUACGCUCCGCCUGACGUGCUAAACAAGACCUUAUCGCAAGAGGAGAAAGCUGAAAAUCGAUGGGAAGGCGGCAACACGAUGGUUUUGGACGCGAUCACGCUAAGGAAUCUGAGGAUAGUGCAGGACGAUGGGUGUUUGUACGAGAAAUUGAACUUCUGUUCCACGGCUAUGGGGAAAAGAUGGUUAUACCAGUGGGUGUGUGCGCCAAGCUGUAGCCUGGCCGUGAUCAGAGAGCGCCAGGAGGCAGUCAAGUGCCUGUUUGAAAACCAAGAGCUGUGCCAAGAGGCCAAGAACAUCUUGACCACUCUGCCAGACCUGGAGAGGCUUUUGGCCAAAGUCCACGCCCUAGGCAACUUGAAACGUUCAAAGCACCAUCCAGAUGCUCGCGCCAUCUUCUACGAAGAGAAGACCUACUCCAAACGGAAGGUUCUGGACUUCAUAUCGGUGUUGAACGGGUUCACUGCUGCUCUGAAAUUGAUUGAGUUGUUUGAAGAUGUAGAAUCGGGACUGUUGAAGAGAAUCACACAGUUCAGUCCUGAUGGGAAGUUCCCGGAUUAUAGGGAUACUCUGAAGUUCUUCAAGGAAGCCUUCAACCAAAAGGAAGCGGAGAAAGAAGGCCGAAUACUGCCCGGCGAAGGAGUGGAUCAAGAGUACGACAACACGCUGCGGCUCAUCGGCGACAUCGAGAAGGAACUCAAGGAAUAUCUCAGUGAGCAGGAGAAAUAUUUUAAGUGUCGACUUUCCUACGUGGGGUCAGACAAGAAGCGGUAUCAAAUCGAAGUCCCGCAGGGCGCCGCGAGCCGUGCCGGUGGCGAUUACCAGUUGGAAGGCACCAGGAAAGGGUACAAGAGGUUCUCUACUGCUGAGACUAAGGAUUUGCUAGCCCGCAUGAUAGCAGCCGAAGACCAGAAGACCUCAGUACUAAAGGAUCUAAGUCGCAGAAUAUUCGAGAAAUUCUCCUCGACUUACGACCAAUGGGAGUCGGCCGUCAAGUGCAUAUCUACAUUAGACAUACUACUAUCGUUUACGGAGUUCGCUCGCCAACAGAGCGGCGAUAUAUGCCUGCCUGAAGUCACCUUUGAUAGUAAUCAAAAGCCGUACAUAAACAUAACAGAAGGGCGGCACCCAUGCAUUCCGAUCGUGAACGAUUUCAUCCCGAACGACACCAAGCUUGGAGUUGAUGGUGCUAGCCUGCUGCUGCUUACCGGGCCCAACAUGGGAGGAAAGUCAACCCUCAUGAGGCAGGUCGGCUUGCUGACCGUUCUUGCACAUUUGGGUAGCUACGUGCCUGCGCAAGAGUGCCGCUUGAGCUUAGUAGACCGCAUCUUCACUCGGCUGGGCGCGUCCGACGACAUACUGUCGGGCCAGUCCACCUUCCUUGUGGAGAUGAACGAGACAGCCGCCAUUGUUAAACAUGCCACUACACAUUCAUUGGUGCUACUUGAUGAACUGGGGCGAGGAACUUCGACAUACGACGGCACGGCGAUAGCUUCGGGCGUGUGCGCAGAAUUGGCGCGUCGCGGGCCUCGCACCGUGUUCUCGACGCACUACCACUCGUUGGUACAGCACUUCGCGGCAGACCCUGGCGUUUUGUUGGGCCAUAUGGCCUGCAUGGUCGAAACGGACGAGUCAACAGCCGACAACGAAGACCACAUCCCUGAGGAAACCAUAACCUUCCUAUACAAGCUGUCCCCUGGCGCGUGUCCAAAAUCCUACGGUUUCAACGCGGCUCGUCUCGCUGGAAUCCCUAAGGAGAUAACCAGGAGAGCGCACCAGGUAUCUAAAAACCUGGAGAAGGAAGCCACGUGCGUUAGAGCCUUCAGAGAUCUGAUCAAGAUGAGUGAUGUCAAAGAAAUGAGGCAGCUUUUGGCUUCUUUGAGCAUUUAAGAUCUGUUUUAUAUCUUUAUGGCCAAGAUCUGUAUUGGAGUAUUUUAUAGAAACCCAUUCACGGUACUUCUAAAUAUGUUACUAUAUUUCGUGAACUCGACACGACAAACGGCAGUCGUAUUUUUAUUGUUCAUUAUACUCGUAUUAUUUCAUGUUUUAGCGUAAGAAUGAUCUUGUUAACUUUUUAAGGGUAUUUUUUGUGAACCAAAUUAUUUUGUGCAUAAACUACCUCUGUUGAACCUCGUUAUUAUCGCCAUAUUAUUUUGUGAUAUGAAUGAAUGAAUAGGAUUCAUACUUGUUAUGUGAAUUUGAAAAGAUCUGUGAUUUGAAUGUAAUCAAUGUACAAUUCCCACCAAUAAACGUUUUAGUAAUUAAUA